AUGGCGGUGAUGGGGGUGCUUCUUGCACCCCCUGCCCGCAGGGUCUCGCUCCACCAGGUCCUGAGCACUCCCUGGGGACACAGUACAGAGCACAGCCGGGUUUUGGCCCUGGGGCAAUGCGUGAGUCCCGCUGGAGCAGCAUCAAUUUCUCUGGAACUGGAAAAUGCAUGUGACCUGCAUGGCUCUGCAUUGACUUUAGCUGGAAGUGAGCAGAGUAAUUCCUGCAGAAAACCCUGCCAAAGCAAUUUUACUCAGAAGCAGAACAGGAUUCACAGCCAGAGCAAAAAGCCUGUGAGCGAGGAGAGCAUCCGUCGCAGGAGCCAGGAGGCUGCGAGCCACGCUCCAGCUCAGCCUCGCAGGAGCUCAUCACACCUCGUCCCUCGUCCAUCCUCCGGCUGCCAGCGUGGACAUCACAACAUGGACAUGGGCACUGCUGCGGGACUGCGGUCUGCUGGGAGGACGUGGGCUCUGGGCUCUUGCGGCAUCUGCUACCUGGGCAUCGCUGCCAUCGCAUGGGGCAUGGUGACACAGGUGGAGGUGGGUGCCUGGACGUACCACUACAGCAACCAAGGGGACUACACAUGGGAGCAAGCCAGGAACUACUGUCAGACCUUCUUCACCGACCUGGUAGCAAUCCAGAACAAGCAGGAGAUCAAGUACCUCAAUGAGAGCCUGCCCUUCCAUGGGCGCUACUAUUGGAUUGGCAUCCGCAAGCUGGGUGGCACCUGGACCUGGGUGGGCACCAGGAAGGCACUGACGAAGGAGGCGGAGAACUGGGCAGCUGGGGAGCCCAACAACCGCCGCUCCAACCAGGACUGCGUGGAGAUCUACAUCAAGCGGCAGCAGGAGUCAGGCAAGUGGAAUGACGAGCCCUGCAACCGGAGAAAAAAGGCGUUGUGCUACCAGGCCUCCUGCCAGCCCUUCCCGUGCAGCCAGCGUGGCGAGUGUGUGGAGACCAUCGGGAGCUACCGCUGCGAGUGCUACCCCGGCUUCCACGGCCCUGAGUGCGAGGAUGUUGUGCAGUGUGCCAAGCUCGAGCCCAAGGGAGCGCGCAUGAACUGCAGCCAUCCCUUCGGAGACUUCAGCUACAACUCCACCUGCACGUUCGAGUGCCAGAAGGGGUUUGAGCGGCGAGGGGCAGGCACGCUGAGGUGCCUGCCUUCCCAGCAGUGGUCAGCAGACACCCCCUCAUGCACAGCGAUCACCUGCCCAGUGCUCAGCGCUCCAGACCGAGGACAGCUGAACUGCUCCCACCUCCACGGGGACUUCGCCUUCGGCUCCACAUGUGCCUUCUCCUGCCAGACGGGGUUUGUGCUGACAGGGCCAGAGAGCCGCGAGUGCACAGCCAUGGGGACCUGGACUGGGGACACCCCACAAUGCAAAGCCAUCACCUGCCCAGUGCUCAGCACUCCAGACCGAGGAGAGCUAAACUGCUCCCACCUCCACGGGAACUUCACCUUUGGCUCCACGUGUGCCUUCUCCUGCCAGACGGGGUUUGCACUGAUGGGGCCAGAGAGGCGUGAGUGUACGGUCACAGGGACAUGGACUGGGGACGCCCCACAAUGCAAAGCCCUUGCCUGCCCAGUGCUCAGCGCACCAGACCAGGGAGAGCUGAACUGCUCCCACCUCCACGGGGACUUCACCUUUGGCUCCACGUGUGCCUUCUCCUGCCAGACGGGGUUUGCACUAACAGGGCCAGAGAGCCGCGAGUGCACGGCCACGGGGACAUGGACUGGGGAUGCCCCACGCUGUGAAGCGAUCACCUGCCCAGUGCUCAGCGCUCCAGACCGAGGAGAGUUGAACUGCUCCCACCUCCACGGGGACUUUGCCUUCGGCUCCACAUGUGCCUUCUCCUGCCAGACAGGGUUUGCACUGACAGGGCCAGAGAGCCGCGAGUGCACAGUCAUGGGGACCUGGACUGGGUAUGCCCCACAUUGCAAAGCCAUUGCCUGCCCAGUGCUCAGUGCUCCAGACCGAGGACAGCUGAACUGCUCCCACCUCCACGGGAACUUCGCCUUUGGCUCCACAUGUGCCUUCUCCUGCCAGACGGGGUUUGUGCUGAUGGGAACAGAGACCCGCGAGUGCACAGCCAUGGGGACCUGGAGUGGGGACACCCCGCUAUGCAAAGCCGUUGCCUGCCCAGAGCUCAGCGCGCCAGACCGAGGAGAACUAAAUUGCUCCCACCUCCACGGGGACUUCACCUUCGGCUCCACAUGUGCCUUCUCCUGCCAGACGGGGUUUGCACUGAUGGGGCCAGAGAGGCGUGAGUGUACAGUCACAGGGACCUGGACUGGGGACACCCCACAAUGCAAAGCCCUUGCCUGCCCAGUGCUCAGCGCACCAGACCAGGGAGAGCUGAACUGCUCCCACCUCCACGGGGACUUCACCUUUGGCUCCACGUGUGCCUUCUCCUGCCAGACGGGGUUUGCACUGACAGGGCCAGAGAGCCGCGAGUGCACGGCCACGGGGACAUGGACUGGGGACACCCCACGCUGUGAAGCCAUCAAAUGCUCAGCACUGGUAACCCCCAAGAUGGGCCUGGCUGACUGCUCCCACCUCCAUGGGGACUUUGCCUUCGGCUCCACAUGUGCCUUCUCCUGCCAGACGGGGUUUGUGCUGAUGGGGCCAGAGAGCCGCGAGUGCACAGCCAUGGGGACCUGGACUGGGGACACCCCACAAUGCAAAGCCAUCAGCUGCCCGGUGCUGGACCCCCCCAGCAGAGGCCAGCUGAGCUGCUCUCACAUGCACGGGAACUUCACAUACAACUCCACAUGCGCCUUUUCCUGCAAGGAGGGGUUUGUUCGGAUGGGAGCAGAGGUGCUCCGGUGUGCGGCCACGGGGAACUGGACCAGGCAUCCCCCUGUCUGUGCAGAGGACGGUGCCCCCUUCUUAAAGCAAGUCCUGGCUUACAGCAGCGGCACGGCUCUGGCAGUAGCUGGCAUCGUGCUCUCAGGGACGCUCAUUGCCCUCCUUGCCAAGCGGCUCAGCGACAGAGAGGAGAAGAAGAAGCUCCUGAACCCCACCAGUGACCUAGGAUCGCCAGGCACCUUCACCAAUGCAGCGUAUGACGCCAACCUGUAA